GACGACCAAGCUACGCUCGAUGUCGAUGCGCUCGUCAACGAUGACGAGAACGAGCCUGUGCGUCGCCCGCUGGCAACCCCUCUGAGCGGACAUUUCUUCGAGCAGCCUCGGCGAUCGACGCCUUUGAUACCGCCAGGCUUCACUGCUCCAGUUAUCUCCAGAGCCCUCGCCGAUGAAGCUGCGUCGCGUCCGGGCUCUCGCCCUGGUUCCCGUCCCAUGUCGAGAACAGCCUCCUCCACUAUCGUGCCCGCUGUACCCGUCGUUCCCAUGACGCUGGUGAAGCCAGAGUCUCCUGCGAAGGGCAAAAAAGGCAAGCAGGCUGCAAAGGCCGCCGAGGCAGCUAAUCCCACUCCUGCUGCAAGCUCAAAGACUGUGCCCGCGACGCCGACUAAAUCGUCCCUAAAAACCUCUGCCGCGAAAACACCCACUGCGGCCGCAUCUUCGAGUAAGAUGGCGGCGGAUGUGGCGGUGAAAAGGUCAGAGGUCAAGGACAAGAGACCGGCGCCGGAGACGCCCGCAAAGGUCACAGAAAAGAGCAAGGCAGCGAACAAGAAGGCCGAGAAGGGUCCAGCCGAAGAUGCCAGCCGUAAGACUACCGCCAAAGAGACUGCCGAUGUCUCGAUUGCCCCUGGAAUCCCUACUGCAGCAACUAAGAGACAGCAUCCUGGCCAGCUCGACAUUCCUUUGACCAAGAUUGUAGGAACAGAGCCUUCGCCUAUCACAAGUUCGCGCAAAGAAGAAACGCAGACGAAGACCAUGCGGAUCGUCCCCUUUACAAAAGCCACCUCAGUACCUGCAAGCCCGGCUGUUGCGGCACCUUCGCCCAUCAAGCACACCGCUGCACCACGUACACUGAGACUGGUAUCGACCCCAAAGGCCGAGACACCACCCGCCGUGGCUGCUCCGACUCCUCCUCUUCCCCAUUUUCCUACCGUGGACAAGCUCAGGUCGCGUCAGGCGAGCAUUGCGUCAUUGAACCAGCCCGGCACUCCGGCCAGCGAACUGAUCUCUGACACGGCAUCAAUGACCUCGGAUAUGAUCUCCCGGGCAAAUUCGCCACCUCCAUCAAGUAGUAUUGUUGGCUCUGCGCCUGUGAGGAAAAUUACCAAAGCGCAAGCUAAAAAGAACCGACAAGAGCGCAAGCGGCAAGAAGAAGAGAAGGAGAAGGUAGAGAAUGGGUCGGAUAUUGAGGUUGUGCAAGCUCCGAUCAUUGGCCGCAAAAAGAAGGCCAAGAAGCCAUCGACAACUCCCAAGCCAGUGGCCGCCAUGGCCUCGGCCAUGAAGGAGGCUGCAGCGAGGAGCCAGCCUGCAUCGCCCAGGAGUGCCACUGUGGAGGACGAGCCACUGGAGACACCAACAGUUGCCUUAGUCAAAGCACAGUCUGCGCAUAACUCUACCAGCGCAACCCCUGAGCCCGAAGUGCAGACUGACGAAGGAAGAGAAAGGCGUGAGCCCAGUGCACAAUCCAUCCUUAAUGAUCUGCAGAAGACUGGCGACAUCAAUGUCUCUGCUUUGGAAUUCUUCAAACCACUUUCUUCGACCCUCACACAUACCUCUCGGACACCUCAUUCGGCUGCACCUACGUCUCCACCAGACCAGAGAAUCCACUUCUCACAGGCUGACCUCGACGCGCUUGCAAAGAAGAAGCCUGUGCAUCUUGGUGGGGAUAAGGACAAGCCUGACUCCCGCACUCUUAUCACACCGAAUGGAAAGUUCCUCUGGGGCCUCACCGCCGAACUGGAGGAGCGUGCGCUCUUUCUCGAGUCCGAGAUCGAGAAACUCAGCGGCUACCUGCGCUUUCACCCUUCGUUGCACACGGCCCAGCACAACGCCGUCCCAUACUCAUCCUCAGACAUGCUCCCUGCCAUCGCCACUGCGCUUAAGGAAGCUGGCAAGAAGAUGCCCAACUCGCCGACCAACACGCUUACCUUCGAUUACAAGACCUACACCCAACACCUGCCGCCUGUUACAGAAUUCACUCACCAGCCCCCGCCACCAGUCCAGCAGCAGACCCCCGCUGACGCAGGCGUAUACCUCAACCAAUUCGUCCUCCCCGCGACAGACAACCCGCCGCCGAACCACCCGCGCCCCGAAAUGGCAGCCGUAGGCGGCACGCCUGGUAGCGGGACAAGCCAGAUCAGCAUAGCCUCGUCGGGGCAGCAAGGCACGCUGUUCGAGCGUGCGGCGCGCGCCCUCGUCGAAGGCGGCGCGGUGGGCAGCACCGACAUCGAUGGCGUGGCAUCCCUAUCCCCCGAUAAGGACGGCGGCGUGUGGCUCUCUGGGCUGCAGGGCCUGGUGUCGGCGGGGAUCCCGUCGAUCGGGUCGCUGUACGAGAGUGAGUCCACGGACAGGUUUUUGCGGGACCUGGAGCACCUCGGCUGGGACAGGAGGGCGGCGCGCAACGUGGAGAAUUUGGGCGCGUAUCUAGAUAAGGGCAAGCCUGUGGGUAGGGGGGAGGGCAGGGCUGUGCUCGGGCUUGAGGAGGCGGAGAGUGUGCUUAGCAGUGCGAAGAAGGAGCAGGAUAGUCUCGAGAGGAAGUUGGGCGCGCUUGUUAAGCGGAAUCGCAAGGCUGUGUUGGGGAAUGCGCGGUAG